AUGGCGGACAACGACGAUGACAAGAACAGCCCUAAACCAUCCAAUUCUGAGCUUAUGGCCAGCGCCAAGGUGAUGUCGGAUGCGGUCAUGGGCCAGGAGACCGACAUGGGCAAGAUAGCUGGUGCAGCCGCAGACGUUCUAGACGCCGCGGCUGCUUAUGGAGUCAUAGAUGAGACACAAGGGAUAGGGAAGCUUGCGGACCAAGCAGAGGGUUACCUCCAUAAAUAUGAAACAACCCACUCCACCACAGUCACCAAAACCGACGCUUCCGGCAACCAGACCAGCGAAACCACCACCACAACGAGCACCACUGCUCCAGCAGAUGAUGCUGAUAAAUAA